UGAAUUUCAUAUAUUCAAUAAAAUCAAUGGUGCAACGAAACGCUCCAAAGGUAAUCGUUGAAUAGAUUACAAUUUAGGAAAGGAAGUAUAUCAUUUAAUCGAUAUUCAGUUGAAAUACCGAAUGACUGCAAGGUAAACAAAUACAAAAUACAAAACUUAAAAAAAAAACUGAGUUAUAAAUGGCAUAUUUUAUGCGAGACCAUGUGUGAGACAUAUCUAGUAAAUGUAUGUGUGAAAUUACAUUGCUUGUGGCAGCAAAUAUCAACGAAUUUACGGUAUAUCAUAAACAUACAGAACUUGCAAAUAAGGUAUUUAUGUCAGGACUUUUAUUUCGAAAAGGUCAACAUUGGAUGUAACUUAAUUCCGAUGAAAAGCAUUCAUCUUGUAGUAUCUAACCGAUUAUAAACUCCUUGCACAUGUGAAGUAAUUUAUGGACAAUGGAAGAUAUCAGAACAGAAAAUGAUGAGGAUAGAUUUGAGAUGUUUGAUUUAUCCAUGUCAGUUGUAACACUUCUGGACUACAUACGUAACUUAAAACCUUUGAAAAGGUACUUCAAUGACCUAGAUUCACUGUCAUCUAAAGUACGAGAAGAUUGCAAUAAAGAAAAGUCCCAUGUGGUGAAAAUCAAACAACGCUUGAGAAAAUUGGAGGAUGAGAAUGACUCUCUUCGGAAACUUCUUCAACAAACUUAUUCAGACCAAAUUCGCUAUCGUAGAGAGAGAGAUGAUGUAAGAAACGAAAUGCAGAGACUUCGACAUCACCGAAAGAGGCUAUCGUCAAACGUACCAGAACUAGAAGAAGCUGAAGAAGAGCUUAACCAACUUAGGCAAGACUUCGAACGUCAGAGAAAUGAAUAUGCAAGAAAAGUUAAAGAAUUGGAUACAGCGAGUAAUAAAAUCAUCGAUUCACAGAAAAAGAAAAUCCAGCACUUUAAGAAUGAGCUAGACCGACGUGACCUGACAAUUAAGGAAUUGGAAGAAAUGUUAUACGCUAAAACAACUAAACCAAGAGAAAGAACUGAGACGAAGAUGAAUAUGGCAGAAAUAGAGGAAGAAUUAUCUAGCUUGAGAUACCAUUUGCAACAGACUUUAACAAAGUUAGAUGAAACGGAGCGUGAACUAGAGGAAACAAAAACAAGGCUCAGCAAGGCAAUGGGAGACCGGCUAACUGAUAACAAUCCAAACAUUGCAGAUCUUAGCGACAAAAAUCGUCCUACAAAGCUUGCAGAGAGAUAUACUGAAUUGUAUGACAAUCAGUGGACUGAUGCAUUUGACUCCAUUGACAGAUACUUCCACAGGGAGGAAGAUACAAUCGCGACAUUUUUAAAGAUUUUGCAGGAUGCCAUGACUUUCUGCAACAGAAAGGAACGUGAGCAAAUGGACGAUUUACAGCGUGUGCUGAAAUUUUCAGACAAUUAUGAACAUAAAGUUGUAUCCAGUGAUGUGCCUAAACCUGUAAAAGAUUGCAGAAAAUCGAUGUCUUCGUUUGCUGUUCGGAAUUUGUAUAAGAUGUAUUUAUCAUAUCUUAGACAAUCGGAAGAUCCAACAUUAAGAACAGCUUUGGAUAUCGGUUCAUUUACAAAAGAAUGUAUUGAAAUAUGCUGGCUUAUGGUGAUCCAAGACCCACCUAUUGUUUUCGCUCCAGCGGUCCAAAGAGGAUCAAGAUUUAACACUGAUUUAUAUAAGCCCUAUACUAGCAGCGGGACACACGUAGGUUAUGUAGUGUGGCCAACUUUGCUUUUGCACAAGGAUGGCCCUGUUUUGGCAAAAGGAGUAGCUCAAGGCUAUCGGAAGAAAUCCGCUGGUGGUGAUAGGUAUAGGGAUUCCAGUAUCGAAGGCACAGGAAAAAAUAACAAAAUCUCUAGUCAAUCGAAAAGUGACCGGCAAAGAUUUCCGGAAGAGAGUAAUGAAUCACCAGACUGGAGUGAGUAUGCUGUAGAAACAACGAGAACAUAUAGACGCGACGGACAAAAGAACAAAAUACCACUCGGAUUUGAUCUGGUAAAUCCUUACUACAAUUAUGUAAAUGUCCACGGAUGGGAAAGAUUUAGAAACGGUAUAGGCCAGCAAACCUAUGAGAGGACUCGUGUGAUUGGAAACAAAUCAUACCGUUAAAGUUGCUGUUUCUUUGUUUCUUUACUACGUUGAUACGUAGGUUAUCAUUAACAUUUUGUGAAGUAUUUGUAGCCGCGAAUAAUUGCUUUUACUUCCUGAAUGUUGUUGACAUAUAUUGCUGAUAACUGUUGCAGUGUCACUAAAUGGCAUGUACUCCGCUAAACCUCUUAUAUAUCUUGACGUCAGAAAACUGCUGAUAUACGGAAGAUGUUCAACUUAUAUUUGAACACUUAACAAAUAUGAGCCGCGCCAUGAGAAAACCAACAUAGUGGGUUUGCGACCAGCAUGGAUCCAGACCAGCCUGCGCAUCCGCGCUGUCUGGUCAGGAUCCAUGCUGUUUGCUUUCAAAGCCUAUUGUAAUUAGAGAAACCGUUAGCGAACAGCAUGGAUCCUGUCCAGACUGCGCGGAUGCGCAGGCUAGUCGGGAUUCAUGCUGGUCGCAAAGCCACUGUGUUGGUUUUCACAAGGCGUGGCUCAUAUUAUGUUUAUGUGCAAUGAGCUCUAUUUCAUUGCAAAAUUGUCUGAACUUUUAUUAGUAGAGAAACGUAACAAUAAUAAAUCAUGCAAGUCUUUGACUAAGAUGGGUAAUUUAUAAUUAGUUUGUUUGUCCAGAUUCGUACAGUUCUUUCCUUUGUAUUUCAAAUCAUUAUAGUGUCCUUAUGGAUUCCCAUAAACCAUAGGCCAUUGUAGCUGCAUACUGAAAUUGUGGAAUCCAUUCCAUAGGAUUCAUUAAAUUGACUUUUGUAGUGUAGCAUGGGGUGAGGAGUAUUGAUAAAGUAUCAAGUGAAAUCUUCAAGAAUAGACAACCCAUAUUUUACCACAAACUGUCCCUCUGAAAUGACAUGCCAUUUCCUUAUCGUUAAAAGAAACCUAUUUAUUAUUAUUAUUAAGAGAACCAAUCCUUAGACCACUCAAACAGCAAAAACUGUUGACCGAACAUUUUGUAUAAGAUCUUAUGUAAUAACAAAUCAUAAUGUGUUUAUAUAAGACUGAACUAUGCAGAAUUAUGCAUAUGUCUUAAAUGACUAUUCCCAACCUAUGCGAGCGCGUUACUUUGGUAUUUUUCUAGGUUUGAGCGUAUAACGUGGUAUUUUUCUGAUAAUGCUUUUAAAACUUUCCCGCUAGACAAGCUGCUAUCUUCUUUUUAAAUACGAAUAGACUUUGAUAAUGUGGCAGUUGAGUCCAAUAAAUCCAGGGAUGUUCAAAGAUAAUCCAUCAUAGAUCUUUUGCAAAGCAAUUAUAGGAGAGAUCGCCGUGACGUCACGCGUUAACAUCUGUUUAUCUGGUGGUUGGCAAAACAAAUGAUUUUAACACCGUUUGCGUAUUGAAUCAGAAUUUUUAAUUUUUAAUAACUUUUUUGCUCAUUUAUGGAUUUUCAAAAUUCAAAAAGAUUUGAAAUACUAACAAUCUUCAUAUUUUUGUAUCCAAAUAUCUUUUUUCAAUGAAUAACCGUUUUAAAUGACAUAUAAUUUUAAAAGCGGCGUAGUGAUUUUCACAACCUUUAGAAAAACAGUGUAAGUUAAGCGUUCAUAAUUAAUCCAUUUUAUUUCGAAAUAACAAUUAAAGGUAAUCAAUAAAUUGCUUCUUUUAUAACCUUUCCAUUGAUCAAAAAAUUAUUUAUGUAAUUUGUGUUUUAAGAAAGUUUAGACCGUUAGAAAAAACAUCACUGUUUACAAAAAAACAUGGACGGUCGGCUUCUGCCCACCCGAUCACUGUCUUAUCAGUUCUAAAAAUAGAAUUUGUAUACAAACACGAUCUCUCCUAUUGGAUUUACCUAUGUUGAUAAAUAAACAGUGUCGAGUGUAUUGAGGUCAGCUGCCACAUUAUCAAAGUUUAUUAGUAUAUGGUCGCAUUGUUACAAUGAAUCGAUCACAACAUAUACGUACAUUUCUAAAGUUUGCAUUUUAUGACAGUUUAUCCAAUUUUAAGUUUUAGUGAAUGUCUUUCCGCUUUGUUUAGGUUCUAGUAGAUCAGGCAAUGUACUGUGGGUAUAGAAUAGAGAAAAGAGAGAGAAAACCCGCAAAAAUGAAACCUUUGUUAAUUGCGGGCGCGUGUCAAUACGCCUAAAUGAUUUUUUUUGUUUAUGCCGUGCCAACGCGAAACAACGAAACAUUUUAUUUUGUUUUGGCACGCGCGCUUACACUCUAAAACGAAUUCCUUGUCACGUUGACACGACGUUAGUUUCAUUUUGUUGCACUGGCACGCGCGCCAAAACGACACACAAAUCUUUCAGUAUUUUGCUAUUCUGUGCAUGGACGCGCACCAGAAGGACACAACAAAAUGUACUUCAUAAACCACGAGCACGCCAAUGCGACAUAACGAAAUGUCCCACUUGACACUUUGUUAUUAUUACCAUUUCACAUUGUUCAGCUAAAUAAACAAAUUAUUUGUGUUGUCAAAAUCUUCUGAAAUCCUAAACAAUGACCAUAAACUUGCUUUUACAUUUGACCUGUUAAUAAUAGUAGCUAAGAGCAACAAAGACAACUUUAUAGACUUGUCUGCCAACUAUCUAAAAAUUCUUAGCAACAUGUAAUUUCAUUCGAAAAAUGUUAUUAAAGUGUUGCUUAUUAUUUUAAAUCCAUUACCUAUGUCAGAUUGUCUUUUGUUCGUUCGUUGCUUGUAUAAAACAUGACAGUGUGUUUGUUUUAUGAAGAAUGAUCGAAGUUUUUCUACAAUUAAAAAUUUUUUAUUCUAUAGGCAUUUCUGGAGUAAAGUAAAUAGGGAUUCUUUAUAAAACACACAAAAUCACAUUUAUUGUUAUAGGAGUUUCAAGUCGAAUUAUAAACGUGAUGUCAUAAUGAUGACAUAAGCAUAAUUAAUGUCAUCAACUCAUCGUUUUCAUUUUUAUAUGUUAAAAUAAUUGACCCAUCAUUUUUUCAAUGGAAAAGACAUUUAAAUCUAAAUAAAUCUGCGAUUAAGAGUUUAGAUAUAUUUUGCUGCUUAAAUGACACACAUUCGGG